AUGGAUCGAAUAUCGCAGUUGCCGAAUUCCAUUAUGCAUCAAAUCCUCUUUCGCUUGCCUGCCCAGGAUGCAGUCCGUAUGAGCUUCUUGUCAACAACAUGGAAAAGUCUAUGGAACUCACUGCCUGUCUCUGAAUUUAAUUUUUGUAUGGAAAGUGAAGAUGGUCUGGAUCAAAAGAGGAAAAGGUCAGAAGAGGAGUCUGUAACUUCUGUGGACGAGUCCUUGAGAGUUCUACAUGAACAUGAAGACCAGAAAAGGAUAGUUCACUUUAGGCUGACAGGGACACUUCACAAGAAAGAGCAAGCCUCUGAUAUAGACCGUUGGAUCAAGUUGGUCAUCAAACACUAUGUCCAAGAAGCCUUAAAGCAAGAGGGCAUGAGAUUUAGCUGCCUAAAAGAGCUCAGUUUGUCACUUGUGGAUUUGAAUGGAUUAACAAAUGAACUCCUUUCUAGAUGUCCUUCUGUUGAGAAUUUAAAAUUCCGUGCCUGUAUAAACAUAAAAGAUGUUCAGCUCUGUGGAUUUUCCAAGCUCAAGAAUGUUGACCUAGACACUACUACUAGAGUUCAUAGCUACAAGAUUGAAGCAUCCAAUCUUCAAACUCUUCGUUAUUGCUAUCGUACAUGGAAAUGCUACCCACUGGACCUUGAAGCAAUCAACUGCAGUAAUUUAAAGGAGUUGAUAAUGGAAACUCCUAGCGGUGAAAUUAGCCUUCAAUAUAUUGAGACACUUCUUUUGAAAUUUCCCUUUCUUGAGAAGAUAAACUUGUCAGUCUCUUAUAUAACAGAGCUGAAAAUCUUGAGUCACCAACUCAAGGCAUUAACAUUGAAUUUCCAAGAUGACACUAUGAUAAAGAAGAUCAGCAUAGAGACUCCCAACCUUGUUUCUUACAAACACGCCGGGCAAGAACUUCAGCCGUCCUUUUCUUUGAAUUCUAUGAAGCUAGAAGAAGUUGAUCUUACCCUAGAACCCAGGAGUGAUAUUGGCACUUCAUGGUUUCUUCAACUGCUCGAAUAUCUUGGAAAGUUCACGCCAAAACAAGGGUUGGUCUUAAAAUUUUUUACUCCCCCACAGUUGUAA